AUGCCUUCGUUCAGGACAGCUUUUCUGGCCGUGGCAGCGGCGUUCGUUGCUACCGUUCAGGCCGACUACAAAAUCGAUCCCAGUAGUGUUUCGCUGAGCAUAAGGAAGAGCUGGUGCCAGUCUGAAAUCAGCACAUGCCCGUCCAUCUGCCGCGAUCAAUCAGAUACAGGCGCACAGGUGAACACCUGUGAUCCGGAAACUCUCACAUACGGAUGUCUCUGCGGUGACAACACUCAACCCAAUGUGUCCGAGUACUCCCUCACUCUCCCAUACUUCGUCUGCACCGAAUGGGGAAACCAGUGUGUCACGGCUUGCGGCCAAGACAGCAGCUGCGCGAGCGCAUGCAGGCAGGACCACCCUUGCGGCGCCACCGACCCAAGCCCUGCCAACAGCACGAGCUCGACAGCGACAGCAUCGGGAACCGCCAGCGCGACAUCUGCAGAUGCCACCGCAGUCUUCACCGGCCCUGCUGGAUCGAGUGGUUCGUCAUCGUCGUCGUCGUCCACUAGUGGUGUCGCGAAGCCUCCUUCGUCCGAGAUGGCUAGAUUGUACGCCAUGACUGGUACAUUGGGACUCUUCUUCAUGGGGUUCGCGUACCUGUUGUAA